ACUUUUAGUAUUUAAAGUCAGUCCCUUACACCAUUUUUUUCCGAUUUUAAAUUGCAUAAAGUAUAAAAAGCGGCUCCAAUUCGAAUACAACUCAAUUCAAAUCAAAUCAAAACCAAUCUAAUUGAAUCAAAUAAAUUUGAGUAAUAUACAUAUAUAUUUACAUGUAGUAAGCUCCCCAAUUCCUCCCGUUGAAUAAACGAUCGCUAAACAGGCAAUUACGUGAGUCGCUUGGCCAAAUUCGAGAGGUCUCAGAACCGUUAGGUUCAGUGCAUAUAGCAGCCAGUGCGCAUUUCCAUCGAGAAGAGAUUAAGGACGAGGUGUUGUCACCGAUAAUACCGAUAUCUAUAUAUAUACAUACAUAUAUACACUAUGAAGGCCGAUCAAUUAAAUCGCUUUAUGAGCGUCAAUGGACGCAAGAAUCUCUGGUUGUUGCGCAACACGAAUCAAUUAUACGAGCAUGCUGUGAAGACUUACUAUCAACGCAGCAACUCUUUGCUACCCUACAAUCCAAAAUCACAAGAAGCCAAGACACGUGAGGAGAAUCGGGCGCCUGUGAGAACGUUGACAUCGCAGCGGGAACGGAAUUCAAUGCCGGAAUACCCGAGGAAUCACCAACAGAUGGCGGAGCAGGCGACGUGUGCGAAUUCUGGUAAUCUGUUGAAUACGGUGAUGCAGGCGAAUCGGCGUCGUUCCAUGUCCUUUACAGGCAGCUUGCCCAGUUACAUCUACAACAACAGCAACAACAACAACAACAACAUGGAGAAAUGCACUAGAAGCGGUGGCGGCAAUCAGCGACUGAGCAGAGAGAGACGGAGAGAGAGGCAGUCGUCGGAGGUGGAUGAUGUGGUUAAUGAACUGGAUUUGGGCAUAUUGAAUGGCAGAUCGAUGAGUUUGCCGCCAAGGUCAACGUUUGAGCUGGGCAUGAGCUUUAAGCUGAAUAAGGACAAAGGACCGCCUUGUCACAAGCAUCACAUCAAUGCCAUUGAGAAGUCAACAAGUGCGGCUGUGGCGGCAUUGGCACGACACAAAAAUGAUCCCGAUAAGCUGAUGGUUGUCGAUCAGGCGCUAAAGGAUCGCCUGGCCGUGCGCUUCGAUCGCCAGUCCGAUGAUGAGCCAAUCCCGGCGCGCUUCGGCCUUGGCUACGGCAGCGCCGCGGCCGGCAUCAUUGAUGGACGCCCGCUUCCGAAUGUGCCCAGUCAGCGUGCUCCGACAACGACAACAACGACAAUGACAACAAAUACAAAUGCAAAUACAAACACAAAUACAAAUACAAACACAAUUAGCAAGGAGCAGACACGCUUUCAGACGCUCGGCGAGCGAAUUCGUCAAUUUGAGGUGAUCCAAUUCGCAGACGGUCCGGUCACAUAUCAGGCAUUCAAUCGUCGCCAUGGCUAUGGCCGAGCACGCGUCCAGCCGUUGUCCAAUGAUAAGCAUAUACCAAGGCAAGAGCCGUGUUUGAGUUUCCGUAAUGUGCUCCAUACGAAUCACAGGCAGCGCUGUCUCAAGUCUCGGACGUCGGAGCCCCAGUUGCAGGUGCCCCAGUUGCGGUUGCAGCGGUUGCAGCGGCUGCAGCUGCAGCCAGAGUCAAAAGCAAAGGCGCCGCAGGUAAUGCAACUGGCGACACCGCCGCUGGGGCCGCUGGAGUCGCUAACGCCCGCUAACUGGCGACCGCAGCAGCAGCAGCAGCAGCCGCAGCCAACGAUGGAGCCAUUACCAAAGCUAUCCAACAGCAGGAUCAAGCGAAUCAAGUCGAGAAGGUGUGACUAUCAAGGCAAUAGCAAUAGCAGCAAGCACAGCAGCAACAGCAACUUUAGCUGCAACCACAACAAUAGCAACAGCAACAACAUUCACAUGAAUCCAAAACAGUUUAAAGUCAAAGCCAGAGAGAAGCCAAAGAUGAGAGAUGAUGGCAACAGCUCCCAUACAGAGCAGACCUCUCUCCAAUCAGCUGCCUUCAACAAGAUGAGUCGCAGCAGUCACAUGUCCUACAUACAGCACGAUUCGACGACAACAACACCGACACCGACACCGACAAUCAAACCGAUUGCAAUGCCAAUUUCAAUGCCAAUUCCAAAGCCACGCAAAGGCUUUGCAUUGCGCAAGUUGGAGGAGGAGUUGCCCAAGCAGCCGCAUGUGGUUAAAGGAGCACAUCAUCUGCUGGCCGCGAGUGCCUCACAGGUGUCCGCCUAUCGCAGAGCCUUCAAGAAUCGCCAGCAAAUCUUGCAGGCUGAAAUGUUGCACAGUCAUGUGCAGGAUCAACCACACUACAUAGUACAUGUGAAGAAGCCGAUGCAAAGCUUGCCACGUCCACUGGCCAAGCGGGAUGAAAUCAAGGCGACAAUCGCAACAACAACAACCGUGCAACCAGCCAUUGCAAAUCCAUUGAGGAACACCAUGAAGCCAACUUUAAAGCAGGAGAAGGAGAAGAUCAAGUCAACAGCACAGAUGCAAAGGAGCAAAAUGUUGCUCAACUCAAAGCAGAAGCCGGAACAGAAGUCAAUGCCAAUGCCAAUGCCCAUGGCUGCUGUGACUGUGGCAUGCAACAGUCCAAAGCAUAGGCGAUCCUCAGUGGCACAGGCGGCACAGUUGGCCGCACCGAGUGUGGCACUCGACAAGCCAUCGGCCUCGUCUCGUGCCCUGCAAAAGUUGCAACAACAGCAGUUGCAUCAACAGCUCCAACAGCGACGCCAGCAGCCUUUGGAGAGCCUCUGGCGAUACAAUUAUUAGCCGGCAACCAUAUCAAUAUAUAUGUAUAUACUUGACUAUAUAAAACACACGCACACACACACACACACACACAAAGUGACACUCGUCCUGGCCUAAAAGAAAACAUCAACACGAAAAUAAAAAAAAAGAAGACAUGAAUGUGUAAACAUUGCCAAAUUCAA